GUUAUUUCGAUAUUUGGGUUACCAUAAAUCACUUUACUCUUAUUUCUGCCCCAAACUUUUAUACACGAGAGAAGAUCCAUCGCUCUCUCUCUCUCCUUCAUCUUCUCAGUUGUAUUUUUUUCUUUUCACUUCCGAUGUCCGAUUGAAGAAGACAAACUAGAAUCGCCCACCUAAAUGCCGUUGCGUUAUUCUUCGGUUAAUCUCGAGGAUCGAAGAAGCAGCAGUAAUCUGCUGUUCUGUAGGGUUACUUUGCCUGUUUCCUAAUUCUAGCUAAAUUGAUAGAGCAACAUCGAAGCGGAAACAAGUUUUGUUCUUUCUUUUUGUCGUCGAUGGAUAAAGCUUCUUCACAAGAGUGUCCUUACCCAGGAUGUUUCUUCUGUGUAAUGAAAGAAGGAAACCCGAGCAAACGAAGAUCAUGCAUCCUCAAAUUCUUUCGUGACCUUCCAUCUCAAGACGACGAUGGUCAAGUUCUUCCCAUAAGCGGUCUCUGGAACACAGCGAUGGCACACCCUAACGACCCUGAGUUCAUCGAGCUCGGAAUCUUCGAGUGUAUGUCCGCUUUGAUAUGGAAAGGACUUAAAAACCGCCGUUGGCUAUCUCAUGACCAGAACAUAUACAUUCCAUACUACGCGGCUCACAUCAUCGGGUCUUACACUAUGAACAUGGAAGAGUUUGCAGAGAGAGCCGUAGAAGCUGGAGUGAUCCCUCCACUUGUUGAGCUUCUAAGAGGCAGGCUCACUUGGGUCGAACAGAGAGUAGCGGUUCGUGCUCUAGGGCAUCUAGCUACUUACCCGAGCACUUUCCCCGCUGUUGCAAACCACGGUGAGAUCCUCGAGCUCGCGAUUCAGUUGGCUAUGAGCUCGUUGGAGAUAGUUUACUCUCAUUUCUACCAGUUUCCGGAUCGAAGGUUGAGUUACCAUUGCGAUCUUCUGACUCGCGGCAUGGGAGGUGUUGAGAUGGAGUCGAGAAAAGCAGAGGAAUGGGCGAGUCAGCUUCAGUGCUGGUCUCUUCAGCUCAUCAACUGUUUCGCCUUUAAACCCGAGUUUCUUCCCACUCUUUGCAAACCUGAGUUUCUUGUGAAUCUUCCGGUUAUGUGGGGAGGGCUUGUGAAUGAGAACUCUCCCGCUGGUAUCGGUUUGCUUAGAACAAUCUGUCAGCACAAACUCGGCCGUGGACCGGUCUCUGCGUGUUCGGGGAUGAUCGAGGCGUUGUGUAACAUCGCUCGUUCUUCUGAUGAUUGGCAGUAUAUGGCUAUAGAGUGUCUUCUUUGGAUGCUUCAAGAUCCCAAUACUUCUCACAAGGUGGUAGACAAAGCGGUGCCAACGCUUGUGGAUCUCGCCGAGAUCACGAACUUGGGCGAUCACAAGAAGUUAGGAGAUUCCAUCGUGAGUGUUCUUCAAGAAUGCAGCUCUAUGGGGAACCGUUCGAGGGAACUGAUCGAAGAGACGGUGAAUUCUCGACAAAGGCUCAAAUGGGAGAAGAGUAUGCCUAAAGAGGAUCUUCAUAUCAAACAAGCGGCAGCGUUAGUGGUCAAGCUCGAAGGGAACUCUCUGUUUUCAUCAGGAGACAUUGCGGGUGCAGCGGAGAAGUACUCUGAAGCUUUGUCUUUAUGUCCGAUGAGGUCGAAGAAGGAGAGAGUUGUGCUGUACAGCAAUCGAGCUCAGUGUCAUCUCUUGCUGCAACAGCCUUUGGUUGCUAUAAGCGACGCCACGCGUGCGCUCUGCUUGCACAAUCCAGUGAACAGGCAUGCUAAGAGUCUCUGGAGAAGAGCUCAGGCUUAUGAUAUGUUAGGUUUGGCUAAAGAGAGCUUGUUAGAUGCGAUUCUGUUCAUCAAUGAAUGUUCUCAGUCGAAUGAUCCGGAUCUCUCUAUGAGACAGAACAAGGUUCCAGAUUACGCAGAGAGGCUGGUGAAGAAGCAGAUGAGAGCGGCUUGGUUGUUUAAAGAAGCGGCGUUGAAGCAUGGAGGCGUGCAUAGGAAAGGAGAAGAGAGGGAAGUUUAUGGGAAUGAAACCGAUGAUUCGGAGUGGGAAACUGCGAGUGAGAGCGAUAUUGGAGAUGACGGAAGGGAUCAUAUGGGACUUGAUGAUGAUGAGGAGGAGGAAGUGGAAGGCCAUGGAGAGAAGUGGAAGAACCGUGAUAAAUCGAGUGAUAAAAAUGACAAAACGUCUGCGAAAGGUAUGAGGCAUGGAUACAGCAUAAAGCUAGCAGAAGUGAAAAUCGUGGAAGCGAGAAACGUGGAGGUUAAGUCAUCACCAAGCUCCCUUUUCGUCAGAUUCUAUCUCUAUGCAGGGAGUAACCGAAAGAUUGAAUUAAGCACAGCAGAGAUCUGUUCGAGAUCAGGCCACGAGGUCAUGAUCUGGAACCAAUCAUUCUGUCUGGAGUGUCAAGGGAACGAAACCGCCGUCGAGCAACUGAAGCAAGAAAGCGUCGUCUUCGAGCUACGGAGAAGGAAAACGGCGUCGUUUAUGAGGAAGCGGUCGAGAUCGGAGUUAGUCGGUAGAGGAGAGCUUUCAUGGAAAUCGGUCAUUGAGUCGGACGGGAUGGAAACAGAGAGAUUUGUUGUGAUGGGUGAGACGAAAGAUCGAAUCUUGGAAGAUUAUAAUAAGCCUCUUUUAUUGAAGAUAGCUUUAAAACUCCAAGCUUCAAAAUUGGUGAACACUAGUAAGAGAGUGGAAGAUCUUUGUGGGUGUAGAGAUUACAAUGAAACGAUGAUGGAUGUUGUCUCUCAACUCAAGCAUGGGCAUGACCGAGAAGGGCGAGAAGCAUGGCCUUGA